AUGGUCUCCCGCAUCCUCUUCUGGACAGGCUUCGGUGUCGCCACCCGACUGUGGCAGCUGGGCCUUGAGAUGCGACCGUGGUUCAACAGGGGAUCUCUGUGGGCGUACCCCGUCUUCGCGGGCUGCGGAGCAAGCUUCGGAUACUGGCUCCAGACUGUCGACGAGAAGCAGACAGCACUCCUUACCGAACGCAAAGAGUCGAUCCUGGCGAAGCGAGCGAGGAGGGCAGCACGGGAGGCUGGCACUGCUGAGACGGCAUAG